AUGAACCUUGACGAUCAUCUGACUCCUUUAUCCUCGGGUAUGGGUAAAUUCAAUCACAUUGUUGAACUGACCGGCACUGACAUCUAUCCCAGCUGGCGAAGGGCUGUCAAAUUAGCCUUAGCCGGCAAUGGUGCCGACCCCAAUGAUGUCACUGAAUUCACCAGUGUCAUGCCCACAGCAGUCACGCCUGCACAGCCUAUGAGUGCUGAACUCACCUCUAUGAAAGAUUGGGUGAAAGAAGACGCCCAAGCAAAAGCAAUCAUUGGCAGACAGCUUUCCCCCAUUGUCCAGAACAUGCUUGGCAAAAAGCUAACAGCUCAUCAGCAGUGGGAUGCACUAUCUAAAUGCUUUGGCUGA